AAUUGAAAAGAUACAGACACAUGCGUCAGUACAAUGCAGCCAGAGGGAAAAGACAGAAAUGUAAAUAACAUGAACAUAUCUUAAGCUCUUCAUACAAACAACCUCACCCAGCAGAGGAUCAUCGUAUACAAACUGCACAAAACAACACAAAGAGCCACAUCUAGCACACAGAUCAAAUAGAGAAAACCACAGGCCUUUAAAUAGAUGGCUGAAAAAGAGAAGUGUGAAGUGGAUAGAGAUACACAGAGAGAGACAGAGGGAGAAAGAGCGAGAGCAGAAGUUUACAUCAGUCUCUAAGAAAAGCAGAGUGGCAACCGGUUCCACCGUGGGACUGCAGCCGCUAACCUGGGAUUUACUCACAGCAACGAUCUCACAAAGCAGGCAGAACAAAGACAGGACGGAAGAGAAGUAACUGAGGGUUAAAGAUAACGGAAGAGGCGAAUCACUCAUAGGAAAGAGGGUCGCCAGCCAUGGGGAACCUCAUUAAGGUCCUUGGCAAGGAUUUAGAGAACUGUCCACAUUUUUUCCUGGACUUUGAAAAUGCCCAGCCCACGGAGGCAGAGACAGCCGUGUGGAACCAGGUCAGCGCUGUGCUGGAGGAGGCUCAUGGGAUCCUAGCCGAGCUGCAGUCCUAUAAUGGUGCAGGCCAGGAGAUACGAGAAGCCAUCCAGAACCCAGGCGACCUCGCUCUUCAGGAGAAGGCCUGGAACGCAGUCUGCCCCCUGGUGGCCAAGCUGAAGCGGUUCUACGAGUUUUCCCUCCGACUGGAGAAUGCCUUGCGCAGCCUGCUGGAGGCGCUGACCAGCCCGCCGUACGCUCCCAUGCAGCACCUGGAGAGAGAGCAGGCCCUGGCCAAACAGUUUGCUGAGAUCCUUCAUUUUACACUCAGCUUUGAUGAGCUAAAGAUGACAAAUCCAGCCAUUCAGAAUGACUUCAGUUACUACAGGAGGACUAUAAGCAGGAACAGGCUGAACAACCAGCAGCUGGAAGCGGAGAACGAGGUCAACAAUGAGAUGGCCAAUCGGAUGUCCCUGUUCUAUGCUGAAGCAACACCGAUGCUGAAGACUCUGAGUAACGCCACCACCAAGUUUGUUUCAGAGAAUAAGACCUUGCCCAUCGAGGACACCACAGACUGCCUGAGCACCAUGGCCUGUGUGUGCCGUGUCAUGUUGGAGACUCCGGAGUACCGUUGUCGGUUCACCAACACAGACACGAUGCUCUUCUGCAUGAGGGUGAUGGUGGGAGUCAUAAUUCUCUAUGACCACGUUCACCCUGUCGGGGCUUUUGCCAAAACCUCCAAAAUCGACAUGAAGGGCUGCAUCAAGGUGCUGAAAGAGCAACCAUCCAACAGUGUGGAGGGACUUCUGAAUGCACUGAGGUAUACGACACGGCAUCUAAAUGAUGACAGCACCUCCAAACAAAUCAGGGCCCUCCUGCAAUGAGAACGAGGAGAGCGGUGGAGAGAGGGAGGGGAAAGAAGGAGUGCACUUGAAGGAGGAGGAAAAAAGAAGACGAGGAGGAAACAAACGCCAGUGGCUGAUAAACCUGUUUGUUUACAACGAACAAAGAGAAUCAUCUCAAACCUGAUGAUAAUAAGAAGAGGAAAAUAAUUAUAUAUAUUGUCAGCUGUCCAUCAUUCUGUCUCUCAUUUUGUAAAGUAAGAAAAGAGAAAAAAAAAAGCCAGAAAAGAAAAUAUAGAUAUAUAUUAAAACAAGUGAAACACAAGCAGCAGAUGAAAAAUAAGUAGGAUUAAAGAGGAAGCUAUAUUGCAAAAUUUAAAGGUCAGAACUGAAGCAAGCUGAAAAUGUACAAAAAAAAAAAGGGUUCAUGUUCCAGCAGUAGUCUGACAAGUAUUUUUGCACACACUUUGAAAACAACGCCAUCUCCUUUCCCCUGAAAUCUGAUCCCAAACAGACCCCGCAGACUUUCCCUGCGCCCCCUCUCACAAACUCAGUUUAACUGGAGGGGAUUUAAGCUCUCGAGGUUGCAGAUGUAGAGGCGUGGCCGUCUCCUUCAGCUGCACUGAUCUCCACCUACAGGUGAUUUAUGGAGCAAUGUGAUGGAUACACUCCGGAGAUUUGCUUCUACCUGUUCUGUUUCCUUUCUGCAUCGGUGCAGCUGAAGGGAAAGAGGCAAGGACAUGAGUAGUCUUUUUAGGACGCCUCCAUUCCCACCCGGAUUUCUUCCUCAUUACCCUCACCCUUAUUCCCAUCCACCCAUCCAUUCAUCCAUCCAUCCAUGGGAUAUGUGGUUUUUCCUUGGCACAAAAAAAAUUACAUCCAUGCUGUGUGCCCUUACGCUGUAUAUGUUCCAGCACAAAACAUCUCGUGAGUAGUCUGGCUUUACUUGAACAAUGUCGUUCACUCUCUGUCUCUCUCUCUCUCUCUCUCUCUCUCUCUCCAUGGUGCUAAUGUGGUUUAGAUAUCACAGUACUAUCUUGUUAGAAAUCAAUAAAACAAAGGGUUUUCUUUGUUGCUUUUUUGCACUAAUAUGUUAAAUCUCAAAUUCUGAGAACUGCUUUCAGCUAUUCUGUGAUUUCACAUUAGUGCACAAGCGGGGAUGAAUGACCUGAAAGAUCCAAGAAAAAGCAUAGUAGGAAACCACAGCACACUUAACUUCUUCACCCAGUGCCAAAGCUGAUUGGUUUUUGCUUUUAUUACAUCACCAAGCCAGGCUCGAGGAGUGGGGGGUUUGAGGGGAUACAACUUUCUGAAAAACAUCACCGAUCACCAUUUUAAAGUAUGUACGAGGAUGAGAAACAACAUAAGAUGACACACACAAGUCAGAAGGCGGUCAAAUCUACACAUUUCAAGGGAGAGCUCUGAGUGUUCCAGUGUAAAUAUGUGAGGCUUUUCUCGGCAGGCAUCUACAUGGUCAGCUUGGGUCUUCGAGGAAAAACACAUCGACAUCUGCAUACAACUAGAGUUCGUUCUUUUAGUAAGAGGUUGUUAAAGAACUAAGUAAUUGAUUAAGUGGGAAAUAAAAAUAAAAAAGAUUCAAAAAGGAGAUUAAAAAGAAGUGCUGUACUUUGGAUGUCUAUAGCCCUUAGUCUAAUUUAAUUUGAUCUUAAUAAUAUAUUUUCUAUACAGGGGUAUGUGCACAAGCAUAUUCUGUAUAAAUAUAUAGAUGGCAUGUUGUAAAAGUUCUGACAGAAAUGUGUAAAUAAGGUGUUUUUAUUCAUUUUUAAUUGUUCAGUGACGCUGAAAUUGGGUAUGUGUUGUCUCUCAGAAUUACCAUGCGUUUGGCUUGGACCAUCGGACUUGCCGUAGUCAUAGGUUUCAGAAAUUCAGCUUCAUUAUGGCGAAUGAACCAGUGGGAGGGGAGGGACGCUAAGGGGUGGGUAGGGGCUGUCCAUUUGCUUGUUAUUUUGUACAUUUUGUGCAACAAUAAACUUGUCAUUUAUUACAUUCAA